AUGCCUCUGUCGGUGGAGUCAAAAGACCCUUCCAUCGCUACUGUUGCCAAUGUGCAUGUGAUCAAUGAUCCCACCCUUUUACAAACAGAUCAGGUCGCUUUAUCCUUCGAGCUUUUUGUCAGACUUUUCCCCAAUACCCAGAAAGAUGUGCCCAUGAACGACAAGGAGCCCAAGUUCGUGCUCAUUAAGUUCAUCGGCGUACCAGACUACUUUAAUGAGUUUGUUGUUCACCGUGUCUCGCUUAUAGAUAACGAGUCUCCAACGUCUUCUUCGGUGACGAUCACCAACCACUCGAACUUGGUGAAAUUCGGAAAUAACAUUACUGUGAAUGGAUGUGUGAUUCAGUCUAUCGACGCGGACUCUAUUCCAUUGCUUACAAAGGCCUACGUGGAGGUUCCAGACGGAGUUUUCCAUGUUUUGCAAAACACACCUUCUCUGAUCGUGAAGGAGAACUUUGUGGACCAAUGGACCGCCAGCAAUGGCGCUGUCGUUUCCAUAAACAGUGCUGUGAGAGCGAUUAAUGGUACAGUCAAGCUUUGUGAACCGUUUUUCCAGGGUAAGGUCGACGCCAACACGGAGCUUAUCUUCGUGAAGAAGCCUGUUGAACAGCCCAAGGUCGAGGAAGUUUCACAAGAAGAAAUUGAAGACGACUUCGAUGUUUCCCAAUAUCUUUCCAAGAGCAUGCAUUUGAAUUCCAGUGACGACUUUGAGUCAAAGUACCCAUUGAAAGUCCUUCCGUUGCCGGAAAAGAUCUCCAUCAACGAUCUUCCGUCUUUCUUUGCCCGUGAAGACCCCGACUUGUACGCAUAUCUCAGCACCGACGAUCUCUCCAAAAUUGGCUUUCCGCUCUUCAAUGGCGACUUAGCGUCUCUUUGUGUGGGCAAUCUCGAAACUACCAUCAAGGUUUUCACAGUCUUGGAGCCAAACAAGUCCUUCCAGCCGGGCACAAUUUAUUUAUCUCCAUUACUUUUGGUGAAUCUUGAAGUGGACGAAGGCACUGAGGUGACAUUGAAACCUUAUCAGUCGAAGAACAAUACCUUCACAGAUGCGUUCCCUAUCGCCAAAACCGCCACGAUCUCAAGAAUUGCAUCUCCAAUCACCACCGACAGAACGUACCAGCAAAGCUUUUUAAGUGAGCUCAAAAACAAGUUUCAUUCAUGUGUUAAGAUCGUUCGUCAAGGCGAUGUAAUUCCAGUUUGUAUCGAUACCGUGCUUGCAAAGACGAUUUUUGACGUUUCCGCCCAGCAACAACAGAACAACGGCCAAGGAGAGGACGAACAGUCGAACUACCCAAGCGUUCCACUUUCAGGGAAUCCUGAUGCUGUUGCAUGGUUCAAGGUUCUCGAAGUCAGUGGAGCUGAUAACGAAGACAUUCAAGGCCAAUUCCGUAUUGACCCUAGCCAGACUGCUCUCACUUCAUCUGGAGUGGAAUUUUUGAGAGCACCAAAAAAUGCAUUCAAUGACUUCCUGUCCUACCUCCAACUUCCACCACUUUUCAACUUCACGGAAGCUAUUGAAGCUGCUCCAUCUCACUUCAAAUAUGCCGAGGAGUUUCAAAAAAUCUUACAAACGACUGUUGACUCCAAGUCUAACAUUCGCCUCAAGACGACGAUUCUAUUGAACUCCAUGUCAAGAGGUCUUGGCAAGACGACCAUGGUGAGAAGUUUAGCCCUCAAUAUGGGCCUCAACCUCAUUGAGCUUGAUGCAUUCGACUUUGUUAAGCCUGGUGCUGAAUUGAAGUCAGUGGGUCUUUUGUCCGGUCGUAUCGAGAAGUACCUCAAUGGUCAACUUGAAGCUGCUAAUUCAAACUGCUUCCAUAUUCUAUACAUCAAACACAUUGAGAAUUUGUGUGUCCAAACGGACCCCAACGAACAAAGAGCCAGCAGCUCAACAUCGUUGUCUUUGAGAGUUGUUCAGACUUUGAAGGACUUUUUGGACAAGUACGAGAACAUGGCCCUUGUGGCAAGUUGUAACGACAUUGAUAAAUUGAGCGAAAGUUUCACGCAAAUUGUCAAGUUCCAAAUUGACGUUUCAGUUCCUGAUGAACAAGAAAGACGCCAGAUUUUCAGAUACUUGCUCGAUAAAGAAACCAAAGCGCUCAAUACUGAAGCUUUACCACAAGCCUUCGAAGACAAAGUUGAGUUUGAAGGACGUCUUGACAUCUUUAGCUUGAAGUUUGCCAAGCGUUCCGAUGUGAGCUACCAAUCAUUAGCAUUACUGUCUGCUGGUUUGACACCUAGGGACUUGAACUCGAUUGUCAGAAAGUCUAAGCAGUUGGCCAUCAAAAGACUAAUGGCACAGGCAAAGGAUGCUGGAAUCAGCUUUGAAAAGAUCGUCAAGAUUGCCAAUGGUGGUCUUGUUCAACUCACCCCAGAAGACUUUGACAAGGCUAUCAAUGAAGCUAGAAACCAGUUCAGUGACUCUAUCGGCGCUCCAAGAAUUCCGAACGUCAAGUGGGAGGACAUUGGUGGUUUGGACACAGUGAAGGGUGAAAUUUUGGAUACCAUCGAUAUGCCAUUGAAGCAUCCAGAGCUCUUCAGUAAUGGCCUCAAAAAGAGAAGUGGUAUCUUGUUCUACGGCCCUCCUGGUACCGGUAAAACAUUAUUGGCCAAGGCCAUUGCUACAAAUUUCUCGUUGAACUUCUUCAGUGUGAAGGGUCCAGAGUUAUUGAAUAUGUACAUUGGUGAAUCGGAAGCCAACGUGCGUCGUGUUUUCCAGAAAGCUAGAGACGCUAAACCUUGUGUCAUUUUCUUCGAUGAGUUGGAUUCCGUGGCACCCAAGAGAGGUAACCAGGGUGACUCUGGUGGAGUUAUGGACAGAAUUGUUUCUCAGCUUUUGGCCGAGCUUGACGGUAUGAGCGGAGGUGAAAGCAAUGGAGACGGCGUUUUCGUUGUCGGUGCUACCAACAGACCCGAUUUGUUGGACGAGGCUCUUUUGAGACCAGGUAGAUUCGACAAGAUGUUGUACUUGGGUAUUUCCGACACCGACGACAAGCAAACCAAGAUCUUGGAAGCCUUGACGAGAAAGUUCAAGCUCAGCGACGAAGUCGACUUGGCCAAGAUCGCCGAGAAGUGUUCGUUCACCUUGACAGGUGCUGAUUUCUAUGCGUUGUGCAGUGACUCUAUGUUGAAUGCUAUGACGAGAACGGCGAACGAGGUUGAUGCGAAGCUCAAGACGUUUAACGAGCAGCGUGUUGCCGACAAGAAGGAGGAAGUGUCGAGCAGAUGGUGGUUCGACAAUGUGGCCACUCCUGCCGAUAUCAACGUGCUUGUGACGAUGCAAGAUUUCGAAAAAUCGCUCAGCGAGCUUGUGCCCUCUGUGAGUGCUGACGAGCUCAACCACUACUUGAGAGUGAAGGAGAACUUCGAGGGCGGCAAGAAGAAAGCCCAAGAAACGGACAACCAGCCGCAACAGGAUGGACAGGGUAUUCCUCAGCAGCUUCUCGACGAGUUGCGUGCUAACGGCCACGAUGUGGACGGUCUAGAAAACGGGACCAUCACCAUCAACGGCAACGGGCACGGCCAUACAUAG